AGGAAGCAAAAAUACUGUACAAGGAAGUAAAAUCAUACGAAAUGCUUUUGACUUAGCUAUGUCGUUGCAACUUUAGAAUAUAUACUGUCAUAGGACAUAAAACAAUUAUGGUAUUAUGGACAGCUAUAUCGGUAUGAAGGGGCAAUGGUUGAAUCCCGUUGCUGUGAGCCAGCCUGGGUCAAUGGACGCGAGGACUUGAACUGUGGAUAAGUUACCUGGCUAGCUACUAACAGACAGCUGAGCUCAUUAGCUAGCACUACAGCUCACACUUGUUGAAAUUGAGCCGUAAUUCUUCAACUUUUGUAUUACCUAGCUAGCUUUCCGGUGCUACCAGACUGACCAGAAUGAUUCACCCAUCUGUCUCCAACAUGGCAUCCUCCAGGUUGAAGUACCUGUCUCUGGGGGUGCUGGUGUUCCAGACCACCUCUCUGGUGCUGACCAUGCGCUACUCCCGCACCCUGCAGGGGGACGGCCCCCGCUACCUGGCCUCCUCGGCUGUGGUGGUGGCUGAGUUCAUGAAGAUCAUUACCUGUUUGCUGCUCGUCUUCAAGGAGCACAGCUACAGUGUUCGGGCCCUGAGCAGUAUUCUGAGGCAGGAGAUAGCCCACAAGCCUAUAGAGACCCUGAAGCUGGCCAUUCCUUCUGGGAUCUACACCCUGCAGAACAACCUGCUCUAUGUGGCUCUGUCCAACCUAGACGCUGCCACCUACCAGGUGACCUACCAGCUGAAGAUCCUUACCACAGCUCUGUUCUCAGUGUCCAUGCUGGGCCGGAGGCUGGGUGUGUACCAGUGGCUCUCCCUGCUCAUCCUCAUGGCUGGGGUCGCGCUUGUGCAGUGGCCCUCUGAGUCCCCCGGGGCCCCUGAGAAGGAGCAGCUGUCUGCAGGGUCCCAGUUUGUGGGUGUGGCGGCGGUGCUGGUGGCCUGCUUCUCCAGUGGCUUUGCUGGCGUUUACUUUGAGAAGAUCCUCAAAGAGACCAAACAGAGUGUCUGGGUCCGCAACAUCCAAUUGGGAAUAUUUGGCCUGGUGUUUGGUCUGAUGGGGAUGUUUGCGUACAAUGGGGAUAGAGUCCAAGAAUCUGGGAUGUUCCAGGGAUACAACACAAUCACCUGGAUAGUGGUGGCUCUGCAGGCACUAGGAGGGCUGGUUAUAGCAGCUGUCAUCAAGUAUGCAGACAACAUCCUGAAGGGCUUCGCUACGUCACUCUCCAUCAUUCUGUCAACACUCAUAUCCUACUUCUGGCUGCAGGACUUCGACCCCUCUAGUGUGUUCUUCAUGGGUGCAGUGCUGGUCAUCGUGGCCACCUUCCUGUAUGGCUACGAGGGCAAGCCAUCCCCCAACCCCAGUCGUGCCUAGGGGACAUCACAGAGGAAAAAAAGGAGGACCGAAAGAGAGGUCAGGUAAAAGAAAAGAAGAGGAUAUGAGAAGAGUCGUGUGGAGGAGAGAUGAAAAGUGGAGAGGAAGAGAGAAGAGGAGUGAAGUGCCUCAACUGUAAAAUGUGACCAGGAAGUGGCCAGACAAGGCUGUUCCUCACCAUGGUUACCACUACAGAGAAAUACACCCAUGAGAAAUAGACCCAUGAAUCAUGAGCAAGCUGAGCAGUGUACUGGACAGACCUGUCAGGCAGCUUACUGCACUGGGCCAAAACUAGUUGGGGUGGGUCCCCUUUCUUAAUGUUACUGUCAUCAUCUCAAUCAUGAAGAUGAUGGAUAAAACAAAGACACCAUAAUGUUCACACAUGAGUUGUGACAAUAGUCCAGAUGUAUUGGACUCCGCAGACAUACUGAUGAGCUAUGUUGCUGUUUCACUGCUAUAGAACUCUGUUUGUGGGUCGUUCCACUAAAUGAGUGCCUUUUGCGCCCCUUUGAUAUUUUAAGUAGAAAUUGUGCACCAAUAUUACAGUUUAAAAGCCUGUU